UAUCAUCAGCUGAGUAGUAUCUCAGAUAUGUGUCUCAUCCUAUUCCGUAUUCUUACAGAUAUCACCUUCUCCGCCCACCCUGUUCUCAAUCUUCUGCAAUUUUCUAACCAUACAUUAGAUCAUAACUCUCUAUGUCCCUUUUAUUAUCUGUUGGGAAAUGGUCUGCUGUUUCUCUCUGUAGUAGAAUAUGCUGAUUUACGUAAAGGGUAUAUGCAUUUGUGUCUCGGUUAAAGCGUGAAGUUACAGUAUCUUUUGUAUCUAAAGGUUUGAGCUUUUGGUAUUUAAGCACUAUUGGGGAGCUGGGGCUUUUGCUUUUCGAGAUCCGGGUGUUGGGUUUAUUUGAUUGGAGAUGGGAAGCUCAGAGGAGAAGGUGGUUGCUGUGAUCAUGGUGGGCGGACCCACUAAAGGUACUAGAUUCCGGCCAUUGUCUCUAAAUAUUCCAAAGCCUCUAUUUCCUUUAGCCGGACAAGCAAUGGUUCAUCAUCCAAUUUCUGCUUGUAAGAGGAUUCCAAACCUAGUACAGAUCUAUCUGGUUGGUUUUUAUGAGGAGCGUGAGUUUGCAUUGUUUGUCUCCUCCAUCUCCAAUGAACUAAGAGUCCCUGUCAGAUACCUGAAGGAAGACAAGCCACAUGGUUCUGCUGGUGGACUUUAUAACUUCAGAGAUCUGAUUAUGGAAGACAACCCGUCUCAUAUCUUCCUGCUCAACUGUGAUGUUUGCUGCAGUUUCCCUCUGCCAGAGAUGCUUGAAGCUCACAGAAGAUAUGGUGGGAUGGGAACUCUCCUAGUGAUCAAGGUUUCUGCUGAAUCAGCUAGCCAGUUUGGCGAAUUGGUAGCCGAUCCGAUCACAAAUGAACUCUUGCAUUAUACAGAGAAACCUGAAACUUUUGUAAGUGACCGCAUAAAUUGUGGUGUAUAUGUAUUCACUCCAGAUAUUUUUACUGCCAUCCAGGGUGUUUCCUCCCAAAGGAAGGAUAGAGCAAAUCUAAGACGUGUAUCCAGCUUUGAGGCCCUGCAAUCAGCAAUGAGGAGUCUUCCUACAGAUUUUGUGAGAUUGGACCAAGACAUCCUGUCGCCUCUUGCAGGGAAGAAACAGUUUUAUACUUACGAGACAAUGGAUUUCUGGGAGCAAAUUAAAACUCCUGGAUUCAACAAUUUUUUCGCGAAUAAUUUUGCUUUCCGUGCUGAUGGAGAUUACAAUGCGAAACUUGGGGUCACCAUUCUUGGGGAAGCAGUGGCUGUUGAAGAUGAAGUAGUGGUGACUAACAGCAUUGUUCUUCCAAACAAGACUAUAAAUCUUAGCGUUCAAGAUGAGAUUAUUCUAUGAUAGAGAGGUAUACACCCAUUACAAGUUCUCUUCACCAUCUAUCCACAGUAUUAAAGCGAUUACACCCACAUGUUUUGUUUUUUCUCAAAUUUGGACAACAAAAAGCUUUGAAGUCAAACGUUCUUGUAAAGUAAGUUUUAAAGUAUUAAAGUAGAAUCCUGAAAAUGGUAAUGACAAUAUUGCUUAUUCAUUUUACUUAUGUUUAAAGAGAAGGAAAAAAUUUUGGUAC